AAAAAAAAAAAAAAAGUUUUAUGGGCGGAUGGAAGGGGCCGGGGCAGCUCCGGGGAAGGGAAGGGCUGGAGCUGAAGCGGCCGGCGGCCGAGAGGGGCGGCGGGCUGGGUGCGCCGCGGAGCCCGGCCCGAGAGUCCCCAGCAGCGUCCCGGGGCGCCGCCAUGACGCCUGAUCUGCUCAACUUCAAGAAGGGAUGGAUGUCGAUCUUGGAUGAGCCUGGAGAGUGGAAAAAGCAUUGGUUUGUGCUGACGGAUUCAAGCCUCAAAUAUUACAGAGACUCCACGGCUGAGGAGGCGGAUGAACUGGAUGGCGAGAUCGACUUGCGCUCCUGCACAGACGUCACAGAGUACGCAGUACAGCGCAACUAUGGCUUCCAGAUCCAUACCAAAGAUGCCGUGUAUACCUUGUCGGCCAUGACCUCGGGCAUCCGGAGGAACUGGAUUGAGGCUCUCAGGAAGACUGUGCGUCCAACUUCAGCCCCAGAUGUCACCAAGCUCUCAGACUGCAAUAAGGAAAACACGCUGCACGGCUAUGGCACCCCGAAGGGCUCCCUGAAGAUAGGGGAGCAGCGGACAGGCUCUGAGGUUAUCGGCCGGGGUGGCCCCCGCAGAGCGGAUGGACCACGGCCGUCGCUGGACUACGUGGAGCUCUCGCCAUUGACCCCGAGCUCCCCGCAGCGCGUGCGCACUCUGUCCCGCUCCACUCCCGAGCGGCCGACCAAGCAGGAGGAUCUGGAGCGGGACCUGGCUCAGCGCUCCGAGGAGAGACGCAAGUGGUUCGAGUCCACGGACAGCCGGGCCCCGGAGACGCCCAGUGGGGAUGGGCCUCGCAGGGGCCUCGGUGCCCCCCUGACGGAUGACCAGCAGAGCCGGCUCAGCGAGGAGAUCGAAAAGAAGUGGCAGGAGCUGGAAAAGCUGCCCCUGCGGGAGAACAAGCGAGUGCCACUCACCGCCCUGCUCAACCAAGGCCACAGCGAGCGCCGGGGGCCCCCAAGUGACAGCCAUGAGGCCCUGGAGAAGGAGGUCCAGUCUCUCCGUGCCCAGCUGGAAGCAUGGCGUCUCCGAGGGGAAGCGCCUCAGAAUGCCUCCAGACCCCAGGAGGACGGCCAUAUCCCUCCAGGCUACAUCUCACAGCUGGUGGGCAUGAUCACUGUGCCCAUUUUACAGACAAGGCCACUGAGCUCUGAGAGGGUCUGUGACGUGCCCGAGGUUCCCCAGCCUGCAGGUGUCAGAGGUGGGAUGUGAGCAUGGGCCCAGCUGCCUGCAGAGCCUGUGUGGGAGUCCCUGUGCGACACUCUGCCCUUGGACCUCUUUCCUGCGUCACUGGGGAAGUGGGGAGCCGGUGGCCCCGAGAGUCACUCUCUAAAUACAGGGAGAGGCUUCCCCUGCCUACCAAGGAGGUCUGCGGGACUUGGGAGCCUCCAGUGUGCCCUCAGGAGUUUGCCUGGGAGAGCGGUUCUCAACGAGGGAGGAGGACUUUCUCCCUCCAGGGCCACUUUGUCCUCCCUGGGAAAUGACUUUGUCCCCUCGGGACAGUUGUCUGUGUCUGGGAAUGACUUUGGUUCUCACAACUGGACAACUAACUCACCAGAAAAAAUUGUGUGUGUGUGUGUGUGUGUGCAUAUAUUUAUUAUAAAUUAUAAAAGGUUGUCUAGUAGAUAAAGUAUAAAUAAAGUAUACAUUCCUUCUUAUUGUGAAUUCCAUAUAGAAAUGGAUAUUUCUCAGAGUGCUUUAAUGAUUUCUCCUUAUCCUUGUGGCCACAGCUGGUUAACAUACACGGGUGGUUCUCAUGUGUGCUGAUUGCUAACGAGUAAGAUGAAGAGACGUCAGAACCUCUCAAGAUCAGUGUUGUAAGCAAAUCCUUUGCUGGACUGAAUGAUAGCUUUCUGUUGAGGCCGAGUAUAUUCUAGUCAGCGUCGUUCACCGUUUUUGUGCUGUAUAAAUGUCAUUCUAGACCUGACACUGUGUGAGGCUGAGUCUGCGUUCCUGGCAUAUUCUCAUGACUUGCUCGGUUCCAGGCAGUGUAGCAAACAAUAAACUGAGUCCCCGUUGGAGACGCUGAGCAUUCUCGUGGCGUGAGCCUCCCUCUGCGGCUGAUGUUAAAGCUGUGGUCCGAAGGCCCUGAGCUUGGGAUGGGUCAGCAUCCGCUGCAGAGGGCUUCUGCUGUCCAGGCUCAAGGUCAGGAUGCACACACAAUAUAAAUGAAUGGCAUCAGGAGGCGGACACAUGUCGAGCAUCAGCCGUGACAUUUUCUUGUCUUGUUACUUUCUGUGGCCGUGAUAAAAUAUCCUGACAAAAGCCACUUGAGAGAGAGAGGGUUUGUUUGGGCUCAGGGUCCAUCAUAACAGGAAGUUGUAGCUACAGGAAGCAGCCAGGAGAUAGAGAUGGGUGCUUAUGCUCAGUCACUCUGUUACAUCGUGUGCAGGCUAGGACGCCAGCCCGUGAUGGUACUGCUCUCCUUUAUGGUGGUCUCUCCACCUCAGGUAAACCAAUCAAGGCCUUUCCACACAGGCACAGCCAGAGGCUAACCAUAAAUCAUCCCUCACCAUUGUCUGGAGACUUGUUGCCUAGGUGACUCCAGAUUCUGUCUAGUUGAUAAUCACCACCAACCUUCACAACCUCCUUUAGUGAAUUCAUUCUAUGUAUUUAAUUUUUUUGAAAGUACUUUUGCUUAACAGCUGAGUCAGAAUUCCAAAUAAUUUGGCAGUCAGCUGUCUAUAGUCUAUACCAUACAUACCAGUGCCAAGAAGAGAAAGGAAUGCUGGGAUCCCUGGGGGCUUGGCAUGAGGAGGUUCUUGGAAAGUACCCUGAGGGUCACAACUGAUCUGAGCUCUAGUGGUGAGCGGGUGGGGAUUUUGGCUAUGGCAGAUGGCCGAAGGCGGCUGGUGCCUAAGGUAGAGGCCCCAAGGACAAGCUGAGAGUUAGUCUCCUGCAGAGGCUGAGUUUUCCAGAGACAUACAAGGUGAUCUUAGAGUACAGUGGGUGAGGAGAGGACAAGGUCCAAGCCUAGGAGGCUAAGACAAGGCUGGCCAAGAACAGAGGUCUGAUGGGAGACCUUGGGCCCUGGUGACUGGGGUCUGGGAGGGCAAGAGAGCCCUUGGAGUCCUGGGGCGGAACCGCCACACUAGCAGGGGCUGCUGCUUCAUUACGGGUGGGGCGAUCAGCUGAAGGAGCGGAGACUUGGGGGCUGGUGGGGAGGCUAUCCUGGGCUACCUGGGCUAAGAGAGGAAACAGCCCAGGGCUGUCAGGUCCUGCCCUGGGGUGGGGCCUGGCAUGCAGCCUGAGCCAGUACCACAGCCUGGGGUCACUGAGUGGAACUGGGAACUCCUCUCUGGAGAGGUCCACUUGCUGGGAUCAGAGCAGCUGUGUGUGUUGAGUUUGCAAUUAGAACCAGCUUUAGAUUUCGUCUGAGGAAAAGCUUGUUUCACUCCACUGGAAACCGAAAAGCUCUACUGUGGCUCCUAAGCAUCCCAGUGAGGAAACUCAGGCCCAGAACUAUAGGCAGAGACCUGGAGUCCUUGCUUUCUGGUCCCCUUCUGUCCCAUGGGCCACUUCCAAAGCUGCCAGCACUCCAUCCACAGUAGAUUGGGGCAGGCGUGGGGCAGGUAGGACCUGGGUGGUCAGAGGUGAGAUGGAAACCGCUCAGGAAAAAGUAAUGGCUGGGAUGGCAGGUUCUGGAGAGAAGAGGGACCCGGUCACCUGUCCCUCUCAGCCACUGGAGGAGGUGGUUGGAAACUCAGCUGCUCCUGGAGAGGUGACUGCCGGGAAGCGAUCCUCCAGCCUGUUCCGUCAGGCUGAGUGGGUACCCCGCUAGCAGGGCUGGGGGGUUCACCACUGCAGAACAGCCGUGUGGGGAGUGGGGCCUGCGGCAACACUCAAGUAGGCAGAAGGACCCUCUAGCUAAUGCAACAGGGUCCACAGUACGUCUUCCUCCACCUCGAUGUCGCGGCAGAGAGGUGGCCAGUGCCGAGACAUCUUGGGCACUGAGGAAGGUAGGUCACAGUUGGCAUCUGGCUGGCCCUCACCCCGUUGUUGCUGAGCUCCCCACAGAUUUGGAAUGCUGUGUCCAGGAGCCCCUCUGCCUCACAGGAGGCCCUCGUGAGGUCUCUGUGAUGGAGGUCGAGGCUCACGGGGGACGCAUGGUGGAGUGUGGUUGGCUGUCUCUCCUCCCUAGGUGGCCUGGUCUGUAAGGGGACAGUUAGAACAGGAGCAAAGACCCAGCAGGACAGGUAUCCCCUGGACACACUCAGAACAUCUGGAUCCAGCCUCUCCCCACUGUAAGCCUACUGUGGUCCCAGGAAUAGCUGCAGAGGUAGUGUGCGUGUGGGGGUCUUGGUGAGGGAGGAACUAUAUUCCUUCAUGUGGCCUUCUGUGACUUGGGUUUCUUCCCUGCCCCAACCCUUUUUUAGUGAUCUUAAAUGUGUUUUUUUCCUUUGUCUUUAUGCAUGUGGUAUACAUGUGUGUGUGUGUGUGUGUGUGUG